GUGCAUCAUUAGCAGUAAAUUCUUCCUUAAUGAACAAUCAAUGGAAAACUGAACCUCUUCUUACGCCAAAUCCUAAACGCUUUGUCUUGUUUCCCAUACAAUAUCCCGAGAUUUGGGAAAUGUACAAGAAAGCUGAAGCUUCUUUUUGGACAACUGAAGAAGUUGAUUUAUCCAAAGAUCUAGCGCACUGGGAUUCUUUAAAUUCUAAAGAAAAACAUUUUAUAUCCCAUGUUUUAGCCUUUUUUGCUGCCAGUGAUGGUAUAGUUAAUGAAAACUUAUUGGAAAACUUUUCUACAGAAGUGCAAAUACCUGAAGCUCGCUGUUUUUAUGGCUUUCAAAUAGCAAUAGAAAACAUUCAUUCUGAGAUGUACUCCCUUCUUAUUGAUACUUACAUCAAAGAUCCUGAUGAAAAAUUAUUUUUGUUUAAUGCCAUUGAAAACUUACCUGCCGUAAAAAAAAAGUCACUUUGGGCGCUCCGCUGGAUUAAUAAAAACUCUUCCUUUGGUGAAAGAUUAGUUGCUUUUGCGGCUGUUGAAGGGAUUUUUUUUUCUGGUUCAUUUGCUGCGAUAUUUUGGUUGAAAAAACGUGGGCUCAUGCCCGGCCUUACUUUUUCUAAUGAGCUAAUCAGUAGAGAUGAAGGUCUUCACUGCGAUUUUGCUUGUCUUUUGUUUGGAUAUUUGCGAAACAAACCGGUCAGCGAGGCCAUCAUUGCAAUCAUAACUGAAGCAGUUAAACUUGAACAAGAAUUUCUUACGGAUGCCCUUCCAGCGGAUUUAAUUGGAAUGAAUUGUAGUUUAAUGCGGCAAUAUAUAGAAUUUGUUGCUGAUAGACUCUUAUAUGCGCUGGGGCUUGACAAGUAUUACAAGGCUGAAAAUCCCUUUGAUUUUAUGGAACUGAUCUCUUUGGAAGGGAAAAGCAAUUUUUUUGAGAGGCGAGUAGGCGAGUAUAAAAAAGCAGGCGUUACAACCCCUUCCGAGGAAAAUUCAUUUGUUUUAGAUGCCGAUUUUUAG